AUUUCUCCCCCGCCGGGAUGGAAGGACAGAUACAGAAGCACCUUCGCCUCCCUCCCCUGACUCCUCGAGGGCUCUGAGCGUGAGUCUCAGACGCGAGACAGAAGCACCUUCGCCUCCUCCCCUGAGGGCUGAGUGUGAGAGUGUCUCAGAUGCGCUGUUCUCCCCUCCUGAAGCAAAGCACAAACAAGUGGGAGCUAUCACAGCUACAUUUUUUUUCUUUUAAGCUGGAUGUCAGUGGGAAGGCAGAUUUUGCAUUUGGAGUCUUUUCGCACUUAGGUGCGCAGCGUGCCAUUGUUUUUCAGGUUAAACUGAGGCAUAACGCAGAAAGCAAGGAUUUCCUUUGGGUUUUUGUCAUGGAUCAGGAUGUUGGUGCUCUUCAUGGAGAUAACCAUGCGUUCCACAUUGAGUUACGUAGAUCUCUAGUACAACUGGUUUCCUCUCAACCAGGCGAAGGGCAAUCUUUUUCUGCCCCUGCCAUUCCUAUUGUGUCAGUGAAUGGCUCUUGCUAUAUGAUAGCACUUAGCAAGGUGUUCCGUCAGCCCAACAGGCAACAUAGAGUCAUUUUUCCUGAUGGAACUACAGUGAUGCUUAGAGUAGAAGAUAUAAGGAUGCAAGGAUCUCUGGCAGCAUUUUCUGUUAAUAAACCUGGAGAACUGCCAAAUCGAGUAAGAUUUAGCGAACAACAGGUUUCACACAAUCAGGAAGUUUAUACAGUUAAUUAUGAAAGGAUGAGGGAGCCAAGCAUGCUUGUUCGUGGCCGUGUAACACAUGUAGGUCAAAUGUCCUUUUACCAUGAUUGCACUCCCGGUUCAUUUACUGAUCUUGGAUCGCCAGUUUUUAACGAGCAACGUGAGCUUGUUGGCAUGUGUUAUUGUAACCAUGGUGUUAUUGGAGCAAUAAACAUGAUCAGAAUAGCAGAACAACUUUCAAGAAUCAAGGAAGGCACGGCGAACAUGUCACUAUCUCAGAUUGUGCAGCAUUUGGAGGCAGCAAACCAAGGAAAUUGAAAUGCAUUUUUCUUCUUGAGAACACGAGCAAGGGGAAAAGGACUCCAUGACUGGAAUGAGGUAGGAGGGGAAUGGCUGCUGAUGGAAUAUGCUGUGGCAAAGCUACACUCAAGUUGAUCGAGCAGUUAGGAAUAUUUUGUUCUUUUGGCAGGGAUGGAAUGUGAUGAAUGGUCGCCCUGUUUGCUUCGUUCAGCAAACUGUUUUUGGUCUGCCUGCAGUUUGGCGUUUGUGUUUUCAGUUUGUGAUGAAUGGCGUUUGCUAGUUUUUUUUUUCCCGGUUGUAAUGAACUCCUGCAUGCCAUUUCUUUAAGGGUUAAUUGAAUCCAUGCCAUUAUAGAUUUGUUCGUUUUAAAA